AUGGAGGUCAAGACCGUUGAGUUCAAGCCUUUCACGGACCAGAAGCCCGGCACAUCCGGUCUUCGCAAGAGGGUUACCGUCUUCCAGCAGCCGCAUUACAGCGAGUCGUUUGUUGCCAGCAUUCUUCUGUCGAUCCCCGAAGGCGCCAAAGGAGCCUUUCUCGUCAUUGGUGGUGAUGGCCGAUUCUGGAACCCCGAGGUCAUUCAGUUGAUUGCCAAGAUUGGCGCGGCCUACGGCGUCAAGAAGCUGUUGAUCGGUCAGAAUGGCAUCCUUUCGACGCCCGCCGCCAGCCAUGUCAUCCGCAAACGCAAAGCCACCGGUGGCAUCCUGCUGACUGCCAGCCACAACCCUGGCGGACCAAAGAACGACUUCGGCAUCAAGUACAACCUGGCCAACGGCGGCCCUGCGCCCGAAGCCGUGACAAACAAGAUCUUUGAAACGUCCAAGAAUCUGACCUCGUACAAGAUCGCCAACAUCCCAGAUAUUGACAUCUCGGCAAUCGGCACCAAGACAUAUGGCGACCUCGAAGUGGAGGUUGUCGAUAGCACGGCCGACUAUAUCGAGAUGCUCAAGGACAUCUUCGACUUUGACCUGAUUAAGAAGUUCUUUGCCGCUCAUCCCGACUUCAAGGUACUCUUUGACGCCCUCUCCGGCGUCACGGGCCCCUACGGCAAGGCCAUCUUCGAGAAGGAGCUUGGCCUCGGCCCGGAGUCCACGCAGAACUGCACGCCAUCGCCCGACUUUAACGGUGGUCACCCGGACCCUAACCUUACCUACGCGCACAGCCUGGUCGAGGUGGUUGAGAAAAAGAACAUCCCCUUCGGGGCUGCCUCGGACGGUGAUGGCGACCGUAACAUGAUUUACGGCGCCGGCGCCUUCGUGUCACCCGGUGACAGUCUGGCCAUCAUUGCGCACCACGCCCACUUGAUACCCUACUUCAAGAAGAACGGAGUCUAUGGGCUGGCCCGCAGCAUGCCCACCUCGGGGGCCGUGGAUUUGGUGGCCAAGAAGCAGGGUCUGAACUGCUAUGAGGUGCCCACGGGGUGGAAGUUCUUCUGCGCCCUGUUUGACGCUGACAAGCUGUCCAUCUGUGGUGAGGAGUCGUUUGGUACCGGCAGCAACCACAUCAGGGAGAAGGAUGGUCUCUGGGCCAUUGUAGCCUGGCUGAACAUCAUCGCCGGGCUGGGCAUGGCCAACCCCGGGGUUGCGCCGAGCAUCAAGCAGAUCCAGAAGGACUUCUGGAACGAGUAUGGCCGCACCUUCUUCACCCGUUACGACUACGAGAAUGUCGAUUCUGAAGGCGCCAACAAGGUCGUUGGUGUGCUGAAAAACUUGGUGGCGGAUCCAAACUUCGUCGGCAGCAAAGUUGGCGACCGCACUGUGACCAAGGCUGGCAACUUCUCCUACACGGACCUUGAUGGCUCCGUCUCGUCGAACCAGGGUCUGUAUGCCUGCUUCUCUUCCGGCAGCCGGAUCGUCGUCCGGCUGUCGGGCACCGGCUCCUCAGGCGCCACCAUUCGGCUGUACAUUGAGCAACACAGCAGCGACCCAACCACGUAUGACAUGGAUGCUCAGGACUUCCUCAAGCCCGAGAUCAAGAUGGCGACGGACCUGCUGAAGUUCAAGGAAUUUGUCGGCCGGGACGAGCCGGAUGUCAAGACAUAG